CAUGGAAGACAUAAAAUAAGUUCCAUCCUUUCUAAUGAAAUUGUAUGAGAUUUUAGAAGUAAUUUUAUAAACCUCUAUUUUUGAGUCUGAAUAAACAGCAAUAUGUUGGAAUAAGGAGGGAACGACAUUUUAGAUCCAAGAUCCUGCGUCAUUGACAGAUUAGAUUCUGCCUUAAUACUUUAAGCAUCGUAAUUUCUAAAGUUUCUUAAGGUAAAUAUUGAGAUAUAUAUAUUAUAGACAACUCAAUAUGUAUGGGUUUAAGAAAUUGAAAAAUAAUUAAGGGAAGAAUGAAUUUCAACAUUCAUUUUUCAGAAAAGGAGUUAAGUAUAAAUGAAUUCAUUAAUCAUAGAAAUAACUUACUUAAAAUUAAACGUCGUAAUUAAGAAGACAUAAAAUAGAGUAUGGAGACUCUAACUAAAGAAUUCUAAUCAGAAUCUUAUUUAAAUGAACAUGAUAAAAUGAGAAAGUAGCUAAUCUAAAUACAAACAGAUCAGUAGAGAAUAUUAAAUGAAAUCAGAUUCUAAAUGGAUCGUAAUCGAAAAUUGUAUAAAGAAACUCAGGAUAUCACUGAUGUAAGUUUGUCUGAACUUAUUUUUAGAAAAUAAAUCAAAUAAAAAAUUACUCAUUAACAAAACUCAAUAAACUUAUACUUAUAAUAUAGAAGCUACCUUAAGAUGCCUAAAUAAGCAAGAUGGCAAUGUUAAAGGAUAAAAUUUUACUAAAAUUGGAAUCAAUUGAAAUGGAAAGUUAUCAAGCUAAAGAUAUCUCUUUUGAUAAACAAGAAUCAAAUAGUUAUUAUGAGCCAAAUUUAACAGGAGUUAGAAGUCCUGCUGGAUACUCACCUAAAACUAAAUGA